GCUCCAGCUCAGUGAUCGGCUCUCGGCUGCUCUAGCCUGGUAUUCCUAAGCGCUAAUUCAAACUUGGUAGAAGGAUGAAAGUCGGAGGAGUCGGCGUGUGGACUGCAGUGUGCAGCAUUGCCCAUACUCUGCUCCUGGGCGGCGUACGGGGCCACACAGAUAAGAAUUGUACAUAUCUAAGCCAAGGAUUUACAACUGCUGAAACAAAAGACCAUUGCUUCUGUCAUAAGGCAGAAUGGAAUUUCAAGCAGGCAUGGUCAACUAUCCAGAUUCAAGUAGAGAGCAACGAAAACAUUUCUAUUUCACCCCGGCUAAACAAAUUAAACUGUGUUUACCCCGAUCAUAUUAUGGUUUAUUUGACAUGCGUCCUACAUUAUCUAUGGAAACCAGCAGAUUCUAAGCAUGUGAACUUUCAUGUCCGCCAUCUAGAUCAAGACUUCUGCUUUGAUGUAAAAAUUGCUAAUGUGACAAAAUACAGGGUGUCAUUUACAAACAUCUGGUUCAAUCCUCGGCUUUUUACCCUCUUCAUAAGUGGCUUUUUAUUGUUUUGCUUUGCUGGCAGAUUAAGUAGGACCUCUGCAGCUUUCUAUGUUGCUGGCAUAAUAUUUGGAGUGGCCUCUUCCCCUUUGCUACUUUUAAUCAUACUGAAAAGGUUCAUUUCAAAGCACAGCACAUUUUGGCUUUUGGCCGUCACAUGUCUCUUUUUAACUGCAUAUUCUGUGCACUUCCUCAAAGAAAACUUUACUUGGAUAUGGCCCGAAAACAAGCAUUAUGUACUGGGAUAUUUCACAACAGUUGGGUUUCUGAGCUUUGUAUCCUGCUAUAAACAUGGGCCCUUGAGCAGUGAGCGGACUAUCACCUUAUUCACCUGGACACUGCAGAUAAUAGCCUGCUUCUUGAUUUACUUUGGUCUCGCUGUCUCCGAGAUUGCCUUUACACUCAUAGCUGGUCUUGCUUCUUGUAAGGGUCUCUACUAUUCUUUUAAAGUACUUCAUUAUGUGAAAAGACUAAUAAUGCAUAAGAAGCCUGUUGUGAAAUUGCUCACAGAAGAGGAAUACAGGGAACAAGCCGAUACAGAGACUGCAAAGGCUUUAGAGGAACUCCGUGAUUUUUGCAUCAGUCCUGACUUGAACUCUUGGCUUGUGGUUUCUAGACUUUCGUCGCCUGGACGGUUUGCACAGUUUAUCUUGGGCUCCAAUCAUGUUUCCUUAGAAGAGACCAGUACACAUGAAGAACAGUAUGGACUUGGAAGCUCCUUCCUGGAGGAGCAGCUUUUUAUGCAGGAUCAAGAAUCGCAGAACUACCAACAGAUGGAAUUUGUUCCUCAAGAAAACGAACACGCUGAGGACUUUGAUCCAUCGGACAGUGAAAGAAGUGUUCUGCUUCACUAGUUUUAUUACUUUUUGUAAUUUUUAAGCAUUGUUUUAAACCUGAACUCUGGAUAUUUUAAUGAACAGAAAAGUCCUGUAAUUCAGGGGCUACUGUAUUUUUGGAACUGAAAAUGUGAAAAGAUUAUAUAAAAAAAAAAAAAGGGAUCUUCCACUGCUCAUGAUAUGCAUAUAAAUGCUAUUGCUGUGAAACAAAUUAUGUAGGUUCACCCAACUUUAUCAAAAGUUGUACAUUUUAAGAAUUACGACUACCGUCUAAAAAUAUAUUUUUUUUGGAAGGGGAGGAGAGUGGUAUAUAUUGCAUAUGAUUAGUGAUGGUAUGAAUGUAGUGAUGUCGUCUUGUUGCAUUUAUGGGACAAGUGGGUAAAAUUAUGAGCUGGGCUAGUCUUGGGGGGUUCCAUGUUUCUUCUUGGGUUAUAUUGUGUUGAUCUAAUAUUUACUAAAGUUGCAACAAUGGUGGAAGGAAAUAAUUCCAAUCUAAGUAAUAAAAAAAAAUAGGCCACACUGUG